AUGGCAUCACAAGGCGGCAUGCCACCCUCUAUGGCAUCACAAGGGCCACCGUAUGCUCCCAUGGCAUGGCCUCUGGGUGGAAAUUCAGUGAAACGCAUCGAUAUUCCUGCCCAAACUGUCUUCAUGUUCUUCUUCAUGGUCGGAGCAGCAGUACACAUGAAGAUAUUCCAAAGGAACAGAGCACGAGGUCAUAAGUUCUUACCAAACCUCUUCAUUUUCCUCUUUUGCAUGGAGCGCGUAUUGACAUCAAUCUUGCGACUCGCAUCGGUCUCUAAUCCAACCAAGAUUCCACUUGCAAUUGCUGCACAGAUCUUCAUCGCAGCAGGUGUUCUUAUACUGUUCGUCAUCAAUCUCGUUUUCGCGAUGCGCCUAGUAAGGUCGACACAUCCGUCGGUGGGUUGGCAUUCUGCGUUUGGCAUCGUGUUCAAAGCUCUUUACGCGUUGAUCGGCUUGACACUUAUCGCUGUCAUUACAGCUACAGUUCAGAGCUUCUAUACUCUCAACGUAGGGACUCGAGCGACCGACCGCGGCUUCCAGCAAUACGGCGCAACCUUCCUGGCCAUUGUCGCUACACUACCUUUGCCGAUGACGAUGCUCACGCUUCUCAUUCCCUAUUCGCCGCUCGAUCAUUUCGGUAUGGGCCGUCUUCGUACAAAAGUCAUAGUCCUGAUGAUUAGCACCACACUCCUCUCUAUUGGCGCAUGGUAUCGCUGUGGUGUUGCCUUACAGACACCGGUCCCGAGAUCACAACCUCUACCAGGCUAUCUCGGCAAGGCACCGUUCUACAUCUUCAACUUCCUGGUAGAGAUCCAGACGGUACUCAUGUACGCCAUACUUCGCGUAGACCUCCGCUGGCAUAUUCCCAAUGACGCAAAGGGGCCUGGCAGCUACGCUAGACCACAGAUGGGCGAUGUGGAAAUGCAAGACUCGCGACCUACUUCCUCGGACAGCGUACAAGAUGACAACAAGUCCACCAGAUCUUUCAGUGAAGACGAAGAAAAAGAGUUAGAGAACGAGAAGGUUGAAGAGCUUCCUGCCCCCAGGAUCAUAGAGAUAGAUCUCGGAAACUCUUCGCGCAGCUCCCUGGCGCCACCAGACAUGGACUUGAACAGGAACUCGGCCCGCAGUUCUCUGGCACCACCAAAAACGGCAGAUAGAUCAGCGCGCAGUUCCAUCAUCUCCCAACGCCUAUCCUCCUUCAUCAGCAAGUCCACCAGCACACUAGCUACCUUUGCGACCGCGGAGCAAAAGCAACGAUGGCGGGAGAGCGAGGAAGCGAGAAUCGUCCGAAGACUGGGAGGGCCAUGGCAGCAACUCCCUAGCCCGGUUGAAUCAAAUUUCAGCAUGAGCAAGAGCCCGACGAGGAGCGUCUUCAGCCGUACGACAGGAGGAGAUGGACCGGAGGCGCCUGAACCAGCAUACCACCAACGAAGCGACAGCGGUGCGCCUAGUAUACCCGACGUCGUUGCGGAGGGCGGCUGGACACCGAGGAUUGACUGGGAAUUCCGCAGCCCGAGACGCUUCCUCAGUUUGAAGAAGAGGAGUAUGAUCGGUUUGCAGCUUCCGAAGUGA